AUAUGUAAGUAAGAGGUACAUAGGUAGCAACCUUAGCCGACUUAGAUAGACAGGCACAAGUUGCACAGCUUCCUACCUAAAUCAGCUACUCCUUAUUCUAUUUUAGACAAUCUGGUUUUUCCCCCCCUAUCGUCAACGGUUCUUUACCAUGAGUUCGGAGCAAGAGGUCCUAUCCGGACCGCCAGCCCCUGAGCUACUAGAUGAUCGGAUUUGGGUCGACGGAUGCUGGGAUUUCUUCCACCACGGCCAUGCAGGCGCUAUGCUACAGGCGCGCCAACUCGGCACGGAGCUAUACGUCGGUGUGCAUUCCGACGAGGCCAUCCUGGAAAAUAAAGGUCCUACGGUAAUGAAUCUUCGAGAACGGCUCGCCGCAGUGGAUGCUUGUCGCUGGGUUACCCAGUCCGUCGCAUACGCACCGUAUGUUACGCAGCUGGAUUUCAUAAGUCACUUCGGCUGCAAGUACGUGGUGCACGGCGACGAUAUCACGUCUGAUAGCAGUGGCGAGGACUGCUACCGCUUCGUUAAGGCGGCGGGUCGAUUCAAAGUCGUUAAGCGCACCCCUAGCAUAUCGACCACCGAUCUCGUCGGCCGUAUGUUAUUAUGCACCAGAACGCAUUUUAUCAAGUCCCUAGAGAGGGUUCUCAACGGCCAAGAGGGUAGCGGUAUCGAAGCCGAGAGGAAGUCAGAAGGAGAAGCUAUGUUGAAUCGAAUUCGCCAGUACGCUACUGACGAGUCUGGGAAGAAUCCCGGCGCGGGUGUGUAUUUCUGGUCAGCCUCCACCGCCGCGAAGACCGAAAUCACGGAUGAGAAGGGUUCGUUCCGCCCGUUACUGAAGGGGCAUGGUCCGAAACCUGGCCAAAGAGUCGUUUACGUCGACGGGGGAUUCGAUCUAUUUUCUAGCGGACAUAUCGAAUUUCUACGCCAAGUCGUUCUCACUGAAGAGAAGCUAGCGAGACAAGAGGGCUGGUAUGAUCAGCAAGCUGUCGACGAACGCCGAGGCAAGGGCGCUGAUUACGGGCCUGUCUUCGUUGUUGCUGGAGUUCAUGAUGAUGAGGUUAUUAACUACUGGAAGGGAGUCAACUAUCCGAUUAUGAACAUCUAUGAGCGCGGUCUAUGCGUGCUUCAAUGUCGGUACGUCAACGCCGUCAUCUUCGGCGCCCCUUUCUCGCCAACCAAAUCAUACCUCACGAGCUCUCCGUGGGGCACCCCUGAUGCUGUGUACCACGGACCAACAUCGUUCAUGCCGCUCUCGUACGACCCGUAUGCUGUGCCGAAGGAAAUGGGAAUCUUCCAGGAGGUUCAGAGCCACGAGUUCCAGGACGUAAACGCGGGUACUAUCGUGCAGCGUAUCAUGAAGAGCAGAGAUCUCUACGAGGAGCGGCAGCGGAAGAAAGGUAUGAAGGCUGUAGGUGAGGCUGCGCACCGACAGAGGGAGGUGCUGGAGGAAGAACAGCGGCGUAAGGAGGAGAAGUUAGUUUCUGCUGCGUAGAUUUGCAGUGGAAUGCUGGUUAAUUUCAUUACAUGCGACAGGUGAGAGGUCGAUAGGAAAACUGGUACUAUAUUGUACCUUGACGAUGCUUUGAGUAGCCCUGGCCAGAAUAGAGCCAUAGGAUCAUUUUAGUCGUAUUAUAAGAGAAAGAGCGGAUGGAUUGCUUCUAUUUAUCUUUAUUUAAUAAAUUCUCUCUUGCUUCGUCGA